UGGCGUCACGGGGCGGGGCGGCGCCGAGGGCGGCGGGAGGGGCCAUGGCCUCCUCGGUGGUGCGGGCCACGGUGCGCGCCGUCAGCAAGCGGAAGAUCCAGGCCACGCGCGCCGCCCUCACGCUGACGCCAUCAGCUGUUCAGAAGAUCAAACAGCUGCUUAAAGAUAAACCUGAGCAUGUAGGUGUGAAAGUAGGUGUUCGUACAAGAGGAUGCAAUGGACUCUCUUACACACUAGAAUAUACAAAAUCGAAAGGAGACUCCGAUGAAGAAGUAGUUCAAGAUGGGGUUAGAGUGUUUAUUGAGAAGAAGGCACAGCUGACGCUUCUAGGAACUGAAAUGGACUAUGUAGAAGACAAACUGUCCAGUGAAUUUGUCUUCAAUAAUCCAAACAUCAAAGGAACAUGUGGCUGUGGAGAAAGCUUUAACAUCUGAAACCUGAGGGCUAUUAUUUGACUUUGAACACCUCAAAACGCUUACUAUUAUGGCUUUUGGAAGCAAAUGCAUUUUAUUCAGGUUCAUAGGCUGUGUAAAGUGGGGAUACCAUUAAGAAAAACAAAGCUAAAAUAAUUUUGAAAAUAUAAAUUGUGUGUUAAAUUCCACUGCUGAUGUAGUUGUGCUGUAACUUGUGAUGAGUUGGCAUCCAAAAGGUAAGAACAGUAAAGUGCUGUAGUAACAUUUCUGUACUUUCACAUGCCAAGGAAAUAAAAUAUUGCUGUACUUGC